UCAGACUGUAUGUCGUGACAGAAGUCUGCGAAUAAGGCAUGGUGCGCUAUGCCAACUUGAGAUCUUCCUCGGAGAGGAUUAAAUUGUAGAGUCGUAUCGAGCGAGUAAUUGUCAUUCGUUAGAGAUUCGUGCAGCCGAACGAACCUUUAAUAUCGUCGCAUCAAUGCACUUGAGUGUUAAUUCUUAUUUCUAUCGAAGAAUUACAUAAUAUAUGUGCAUGAGUCACAGGGUGAAUAGGAGGGACGUGCAAACGUCAAAAUCGUGCUGCAGCGAUCUUCUCGCGUUUUAGCUUGGAUCUGAUCAAGGAAUGCUAGCAAGGAGUUUACAAUGAAUGAGGGACUUUCUAAUAAACAACAAGAGUACCAGUGAGAAAUGGCAAUUUUCAGAUUGAAAAUACUGAAGUGUAGACGCAUGAUUUCAUAGCCGUGGAAACUGUCGUCGUUUUAUUAUAACGUGCAACCAGGUAUUUCUUAGUCGAACAAAGUAGCUGUCCGUAUUGCAUUUAUUAUUGAAAAAUGCCAGCACCGCCUCCACCUCUCUCAAGUUUGCCAGAGGCACCUAUGUGUGAAAAAACUGAAGUAAGCGAUGCGGAUUCCCUGCCUCCUUGGGCCAAACUUACUCUUACAUCUGCAGAGGCAGAAAUCGAGAAACUGAUAUCCAGAAAUGAGUUGAAGGAUGCAGAAGUAACAUAUUUUUGUCAAGUUGAACCAAUUCUACAAGAUGGGCCACAAUGUGGUUUGGUGGCCCUUGCUAUGGCAUCACAGGAGUACACGAAGCCAGUUUCUGUGAGUCAACUUCUAGCAGAGGCUCGUGUAAGGGGUUUCACACAACAUGGAGAAGUAUACAGUGUUGAUUUCAUGGGCACACUAGCAGCUGAAUAUUUACCUGACCAUAGACCAGAUAUUUUAGUAGAUCUGCAACAGUGUCCAGAUACAUUAACACAUGCUUUGGCUCAUGGAGCAAUGGUACUAAUUCCAUAUGACUCUGACUUCAAUCAUGCUCCGUGUUUAAAAAGAGGCCAUAAAGCUCAUUGGGCAUUACUUGUCGGUCUAAUUUCAUCGAGACAAGGAUAUCACGUCUUAGCGCGUCAUGGAAAAUCUCGUCAUUUGGCUUGUUGGCCGUUGCGUGAUUUAAUUGAAAGCAAUGGAAAUUUGGAAGAAGAGGGAACAGCUAGACAUGCUGGAGGAUACGUCAUACCAAAGGGAGGAGUUGGAGGACAGAGAGGUUUACGUGGUAGGGCAUUGGCAUUACACCCAUACAUAUAAAAUCGUGUACAAGAAUUGUAGGUAAUUAAUAUCACAGCGAAAGACAGAAAUUACUAAUAAUAAUUAAUAUUACUAUAUCCUCAUUAUGGUAUAUGGUAAAUAUUCAAGACAUAACGUCUGCACAGCUGCUACGGAAUUUAAUCAUUUGUAAAAUCGUGAUGCUUUUAAGUGACAUGUGUUUUAAUUCGCAAUGCAUUUUUAGUCAACAUUUUUCAACGUGGGGGAUGCCAGGCCCCAAAUAUCUGGUAUCAGACGUAAUGAUAAUAAUUAAUGGUAUUUCAUUCUUUAAACACUGACAUGUAAUGUAAAUAAUAAUUUCUUACAUGCAGGCAAACGGUUUGAGAAUCUUUUCGUAUUUCAAAUAUCAAGCUCUUCCUGUGAUGCGACACGUAUGUUAAUCUGAAAGAUGGGCAUAUACACGUGCAUGAAGGGACAAACGCGCAGUAAAAAAGAAAAGAGAAAUCUAUAAAAAAUAUCUGCAUAAAAUAAAUAUCAAAGUGUACUAGAUAGGUAUUUAUCGAAACCGUAACUAAAUGGAAUGAAAAGAUCUAAGUAUAUUUAUUUAGCGAGAAUAGUGUAGGUAUCAAAUUCAGUAAUUACAGAUCUUUAUUUUAUGUUCGCAUUGUGAAUAAAGACUAAAUCUAUCGCAAAAGUCUCGCAAUUGCAUUUGAAGGCAAUACAACUUAAUAAUCAUGUGUUGUAUAAAAUUGAGCAUGUUGAAUUUAAGAUGUGCAAAUUACGUUACGUAUUUAAUUGUUCAUUUACACGGUAGACUGUUUUUUUUGUAAAUGUUUUGUGUAAAUCGAGGCAUCUAAGUAGAAACUGCUACGUUCGUUACAUAUCAUUUACAACGAUCUAUAAAUUUCAAGUCGACAGUAAACUUCAAGAAAUAACAUUUUAAAAUGUUAUUUAGAAUUAAUUGUACCAAUACGUGGUACUUAUAUUAAUUUCUGUUAGUAAGCUGAAUAAGAUUUUCUCGAUUCACAUUACACAUUGUUUCAUCGCGUUUUGAGAACAAUACGCUUUCGAAACGAAUUUUACAAUAUGCUUAUUUUAUUAUGUAUUUAUUAAUAUUUAAGUACAAGCAUAGCCUUUGUUAUAUCGAUACGUACAAUUGAAAAAUAAAAAGCCUGAAAAUAUUUUGCGACUCUUCUCAGCUAUGCAAUGUUUAAAUGUAUUAUAUCAAAUUCAUCAAAUAAGACGUGUAAAAGCAUAUUCAAAGGAGAAGCUAUAAAUUUGCAAACUUCGUGGUAUUUAAUUGAACGUAACAGGACGUCGCUGAAGAAUGAGGAAACAAUUAAAAGAAACAUUGUACCCAAGUGCCGCAAAGAGUACGAGGUUCAUUAAUUUGAGACGAAGAGUUAUAAGUCGAAUAAUUAAUAGUAAUUGUACGCCGUGCCUGUUCUCGCACGAAGCUUCACUCUAUUAAUUCAUCGUCGCGUUGCAAUCAAAAUAAUCUGUAAAAAGACAAAACAUUUCACAAUCAUACACAAUUUUCUGAAUAUGUACAAUUUUUCAUUUUGGUGUUUUUCAACGUAAAUCAAAAGACCCGUUUUCCUGCUAAAACUUAGUGGAAUUUAUAGAAUUCUUUCAACCAGGGAAACCGUUUUGUUUUAGUUUCGUAUUUAUAUUUCAAUUAAUAUCUUAUUAGUGGGGCAGUUUAAAUUCCAAGUCGGAUUUUAAAAUAGUCAAUUAAAUUCUGAAUUUAAUUGAGCGAUAAUUAAUAAUUAAACAUUUAAUUUCAUAAUAAAAUUUUUUUAAUUGGGAAUUCAGUCUUAAUUGUUAAUCGAAUGAUUUUCUGAUUGCAAAUUAAAACUUAAUUUUAAUUAAAGUUUAAUUAUUGAUUACCUUUUAAUUAUGCCUAGUCAAAGAUUAAAAUUUAUUUGUUAACAUCUCAAGUAAAAAUAAUAACAAUUCCAGUUUAUAAUUAAUCAAAAACAUUGUAAUUUGCAGCUUUAAUUACAAAUUCUAAUUAAUUUUCAAUUAGGAAAUCAUUCAAUCAACAACUGAAAAUAUAUUCUUUAUUAAAAAAUAUUUAGUUGUCGAUUAUACUUUAACUAUGAGAAAUUUUGAACCUGCCCUAAUAUUUGCUGUAAUAUAUUGCAUAGAGUUUGAUUGUAUCGCUUGUGAUCAAAAGUGCAACAAAGCAAUUGGACAGUACGUGUAUCGUGUUAUGUUAUAAGAGAUUAAUAAUGUGAUCAUUGUUAACAAUUGUUUCCUUUGUGUACACGUAUUUUACUUUAUUUGUUAUCGGUAUUUAGCUUUAAACGUGAAACAAAUACAAAGAGAUGUUAUAAUUUA